ACGUAGUAGCGAAGCGGAGUGCGAAUAAGACAAUCGAAUUAGUUGAAGCCACCCAUUUCUCCGUCCCCUAUCAUGCUAUCGUGCGCCUCCCCUCCCAAUCCCUGAGCCUCCGCCCCUCCUAGAUCCCCUCUCCGAAUCCACUCUGAUUUUAUUGGAUUGAAUCUGGCGCCAGCGAUGGGCGGAGACGGAGCGCAGCCGCAGCAUAUGCCGCCGACGGCGGAGGAGCAGUACAUCAAGGCCAAGACGUCGGUGUGGUGGGAUAUAGAGAACUGUCACGUGCCCAAGGUGUGCGAUCCCCACGCCAUAGCGCAGAAUAUAAGCUCCGCGCUCGUCAAAAUGAACUACUGUGGCCCCGUCUCCGUCUCCGCUUACGGAGAUACCACCAGAAUCUCCCCCGCCGUCCAGCAGGCGCUCAAUAGCACCGGCGUCGCGCUCAAUCACGUCCCCGCCGGUGCUAAAGAUGCUAGUGACAAGAAGAUUCUGGUGGAUAUGUUAUUCUGGGCUGUUGACAAUCCAGCACCUGCCAAUUAUUUAUUGAUUUCGGGAGACCGAGAUUUCUCAAAUGCUUUGCAUCAACUCCGGAUGCGUCGGUAUAAUAUUCUUCUAGCUCAACCACAAAAAGCUUCUGCGCCACUUCUUGCUGCUGCAAAGAGUGUAUGGCUCUGGACUAGUCUCGUAGCUGGAGGGCCGCCACUUACAACAGCUGAAUCUGCUCAAUUUGUUAGUAACAGCUAUGGGCAUAUACCAGCCACUGACUCCUUACGUGCAGAUACUAUUAUGGCUAACAAACCUGGGGAUUUGGUUUUUGAAAGUUCUAAUUUGGGAAACCAAAAAUAUGCAUAUAUGGGAAGAGGAACGGAUGUAAAAUUUAGAGGGAAACAACCUCGCCGAAACUUCACUCAACCUGUUAUGCCAAGAACCUCAAGUAACAUGAUUGGGUCUGAAGAAGAUUAUAAAAGUGGAAACUUCCAUCCAGGAUAUGCACACCCUAAGCAGUUCAGCGAACACCAGGACUUACCUACAGCUUAUAAUCCGAAAGCUGCUAGUGGUGGAAUAGGGAACUCUAAUUUUCCUAGUAAUCCUGAUUCAUCGUGGGGCGACAGUUCCCACCUUCAUGUCUCCAAUCAAAAUCACAACCCUCAGCCAUUAAGAACAAACAGCCUACCCACUGAAACUGCAACUCUGCCUGUUAGCUCGUCACUAACUAAUCAGCAUUGGCAUCCUUCUAAUGCAUUAAAUCGCAGACCUGAUUCACCUAACUUGACCACAGCUCCUCCGACUUGCCUACCUGAUAUUCACAAUUUAAACAUUUCUGAGCAAACAAGAAAUGAUCAAAGUGCACCUGCUUCGCAACAACGAAACAGAGUAAACUCAAACGGCCAGCAAAAAGGAUUUAAUGCACAGAAGAAAUCUUUUUAUCAAGAAGGUCAAAACAAUAGGUAUUCACAUGGUAAUCAAGAGACAUUAGUACCAUUAUCAUCUGGAUCAGGAACUGCUCCCAUCUCUGUAAAUGGUUUGAGGGUAACAUCAGGAUACCCUAAGCCUCCCGAAUAUUUACAAGGUCUUAUUGGGAUUGUCCUAUUGGCUUUAAACACCCUUAGAAAUGAGAAGAUUAUGCCAACAGAGGAAAAUAUUUCAGAUUGCAUCAGAUAUGGAGACAUCCGACAUCGCAAUACCGAUGUUAAGAAAGCUUUGGCCUGUGCACUUGACCAGCAAUUGGUUGUACUACAACAAAUAGGUUCCCUACAGUUGUAUAUUGGGAAAAAUGAGAGACUAUGGCAAUGUGUGAACCCUAUGGGUGGUGAUGCAAACAAGUAUUCAAAAUCGAUAUGGGAUGAAAUCCAAAACUUUCUUUCGUCCUCUUCUGGAAGAUCUGCUAUACUUGGAACUAACUGCAGGUAUGAGGCAGCUACUAUUAUGAAAAAGAUGUGCUUAAAAGAGCUUCCAUUGGGUGAAAUUCUCCAGAUCCUGCAAAUGGUAAUUAACAUGAAAAAGUGGAUUAUAUAUAAUUAUCAGUCAGGAUGGAAGCCAAUUAAGGUUGCAGUUGCUGAGUUCAGCCCUGAUUCAGGGUUGGCAGCUGCUACAUAAGCUCAAAGUAAUCGCGGUUGGAUGGGGAGAAGGUAUGGAUAUUUGUAUUUGAUUCAUGACUUCAUCGUGAUGUGAAAUGAUUUGAUUGAGAAGUAAUUAUAUUUAGCCUUCUCCCCUUGGUAUGGCUGCUAAAUAAGUAGCCUUGAGUGAUACAAUAGCAAUAUUUAGAUUCUUGUUGUAGUUUUCCUUUUAAGAAGACUUCGAAGGUCGCUCGAAAGCUGUGGUUAAAUAACGAUUGAGACUUCAGAGAGCUGUAGUUGGUCUUUAUAUGAUCAUUUAACUUGGGGUUAACAUGACAUAUACGGAGAGACACUUCUAUGAUGAUCAGGUACUUGUAUGCAUUGGAUAAUGGAAAUUUGGGUCCGUGGAUGGUUUUGAGAUUCAACUACUUGGAGAAUAUGUUAGGAGCCUAUUCAUUUUUCUCAAAUCGACAUCUGAAUUUCGAAUAAGGCUGUUGGUGAUCAAAUUUGUCGAGGUAUGUUGGGGGCUCAAAUUACUUGCAUGUCGUUGUUAAUUGCUAAUAUUGAACAAACCAUGGUGUUUAAAGUAUUGCAAUGUAUCAGAGGGUACAUAUGAUCUUGUUAGUUUAUUGGGAAUUCCAGUGGAUGUAGAUGUAUGGUUUAAGGCCCGAGCUAUGAGAUGAAGAUUAUGAGAACAGGGAAAUGAAUCACUGGAGAAUCACCCUUAAUUGGAGAGCUUAGCUUGGCGAUAUUCUGUCAAAGCCACUGAAAAUUUGUGAAGCAUAUCCCUCAGCUUAAAGAUGGUCUGCCAAAGCAAUUUUUUGGUGAUUAUGGUAAUUUUUCAAAGCUUUGGUUGAGCGGAAUUAAUUGCGUUCUCUGAUUUGUUUUGCAUUGUGAGUGCUACAUCAGCAGGAUUUCAGACAGUAGACUUGGGAAAAUAUGGAACAAAAUGGAGGGAUGAUGAUAUCUCAAUUCUAAGCAUGUAUAUGCGAUCCAGUAUGUCUUAUAGCUGAAACUAUAUUACUCCUACUCUGCUCUUGGUUGUGAAGCUGUCUGCUUCCACUGUUUAAAUUAUGUAAAUUAAAUGUUCCAACGCUUUUAUGAUGAGAUGUAUUAGUACUCUUCGUGAUUUUCUACUUUAUAAAGAGUUAUUUUCCUGGUUUUUGUC